UUUCGUCUCACUUUUUCCUUCCACUCUAACAAGCUUACGUGUCCACCUGCCCCACGGAGACUCACUCGUUCGUCGCCAUACUCUUCGCUCUCCCAAAGGUUGCAAUGUAUUCACGAAGAGAGCUGGAUGAUUUGGAGUACAGAUACUACUCUGAAAUGAAAGAUGGCACUCGCAAGGUCAAGAUCUCUGACUCUCUCUUCAGGUGCCCCUUCUGCUACAUAGACCGCAAGCGUGAUUACAACUUUGACGACUUGCUUCGUCAUGCUUACAACGUUGGCGGUAGUUCCCGCACUAAGGAUGGGCGACAAGUAGCUAGACAUCUCGCACUUGAGAGAUACAUGAAGAAGUAUCUCCGCCCUCUUGAAAGACCACUUGGUACUGCAACAUGGUCAGAUGUCUCGUCUCGUCCUAAAGAGGAGUCAACCAGUAACUGGAUAACUAGUUCAUCAAGCUCUGCAGCUGGAGAUCUGAAUAGCAGCAUUGAAAAAUCCAAUUCCCUACGUAUUGCUCAAGCUGGACUUAAGGGAGAUUUGAAAGGCAUUGAGGAAUCCAGUUCACAAUGUGUUGCUGUAGUUGAACCAAAGUCUGUCUCAGGAGAUGUUGUUGGACAUAGUGGUGAAGAAAGACAGAUGUUUUCUCCUAAACCCAACUCCUCUUUGAGCAACCAAGACAAUACAUACCCUUCCAAAAGAGCUUGCCUCACUGCUGGUGCUAAAGAGGGUGAAAAGACUGUCCAACAGAUUGGUCUCGGACAUGGUGCUAGGUCUGCUCCUCAGAGGCGUGAUCCUUUGGAUGCUGGUAAUGAUGAUCUGAUGUUUGUGCAUCCAUGGAAAGGGAUCGUGGCCAACAUGAAUAGAACAUUUAAUGAAAAGACAGGCAAGUUUGCUGGCGAGAGUGGAAGCAAAUUAAGAGAAGAACUGGUUAGCAAAGGGUUUAAUCCCCACAAAGUGGAGCCACUGUGGAACGGCCGAGUUGGUUUUACUGGUUUUGCUUUUGUUCACUUUGGUAAAGACUGGGAAGCUUUCAGAAACGCCACCAUGUUUGAGAACCACUUUGAAGUCAAUCAAUGUGGGAAGAGAGACUUUGAUUCUGCACGUGACCGUGGUGAUGAGCUUUAUGGUUGGAUAGCGAAAAAGGAAGACUACUAUUCGAAAACUGUGGUUGGUGAACAACUUAGGGGACAAAAACAAGGGGACUUGGUGACUCUUUCUGGUAAAGAGGCGGAACAACGAAGAAAGGCAAAGACGCUUGUCUCGACCUUGGAAAACACACUGGAAACCAAAAGCAGUAACCUUCAAGAAAUAGAGAGCAAAUACAAAGAAGCUAGCACAGCGCUUGAGAAGAGUAUGAAGGAGAGGGAUGAUAUGAUUAACGCACAUAAUGAAAAAAUGAAUAGUAUGCAGCAAACGGCGCGUGACUAUUUGGCGAAUAUCUAUAAUGAACAUGAAAAGGCAGCUCAGCAUCUGGAAAAGCAAAGGAGAGAGUUUGAAGAGAGGGAGAGAUAUCUUGAUAAAUGUCAAUCACUGAAUAAAACUGAGCGACGAAAGCUUCAGUGGCAAAAAAAGAAGAACUUAAUGGCUACUGAAGAGCAAAACAAAGCUGAUGAAGAAAUGACGAACUUGGCAAAACAGCAACAGAGGGAGAAAGAUGAGUUACGUAAGAAAGUGCAAGAUCUGGAGAAAAAACUGGAUGAUGAGCUGGCAUUGGAGCUGGAGAUAGAGCGAAUGAGAGGUGGCCUGCAGGUGAUGGGACACAUGGAAGAUCCUGAUAUGAAGGAAGAGAUAGAAAAGACAAAGGAAAAACUCAAGGAGAAAGAAGAGGAGUCUGAAUACCAAGAGUCACUCUAUCAAACUCUUGUUGUUAAACAUAGCUACACUAAUGAUGAGCUUCAGGAUGCCCGCAAGGCUUUGAUCAAAUCAAUGAAUGAGUUGACAGUACGUGCUCAGAUAUCCGUGAAGAGAAUGGGAGCAUUGGAUGAGAAACCGUUCCAGAAGCUAGCUAAAGAGAGAUAUCCAGCAGAAGAAGCUGAUGUAGAAGCGGCAAAGCUUUGUUCCUUAUGGGACAACCACUUGAGAGACUCUGCUUGGCAUCCGAUUAAGGUCGUCCUAAUAGAUGGAAUCCACAAGGAGGUGCUGAAUGAAGAAGAUGACAAGCUGCAGGAACUGAAGAAAGAGCUGGGUGAUGAAGUGUUUAAAGCUGUGACACAAGCGCUUAUGGAGAGGAACGAGUACAAUGGAAGUGGAAGGUACAUAGUGCCUGAGCUUUGGAACUUCAAAGAAGGAAGAAAAGCAACUCUCAAAGAAGGUGUGGUUUAUCUGAUGAAAUUGUGGAAACACCUCAAGCCAAAGCCUAAGCGUAAUAACAAGUAAAACAAAAAAGAAACUGAAACCGAGGUUGUUGCUAAUGAGUUGAUACUCCUAUUAAAGACUAAGUGAGUUUUUAUGAUUUAUUUACCACAAAUAGUAGAGAGACAGUUAUUAAGGUGGAUCUUGGACGCAGAUAUUUAAUCUAUGCACUUGCUUUGUGACUUCAUUCCCCUGAAUUACAUAUAACAAGCAGCUACUUAAAAAUGUUUACAAGGCUUAUUUGUAUUAUGCAAGAUAAAACACUUACCAAUUUUACAUGUUUUAUUCUUAUUACAUACAUCAUCUUGAGGCUUCUGCAGAUUGUUUCCUGUGUCAUGAAGACACCAUAAGUAAAGUAAAGACAAUGCAGAGUUCAGAAUCCUCUUUACUCUUGCUUCACCGACCUCAACUCCUACAAACUGAGCCACCGACAAUUGCAUAGCGAAAGCAUUAAACACAGUUUCAUAAAAGAUGUUUCUAAUGAAAGUUUGAGCUUAGUGUAGCAACGUGUUGCAAAAGAAAUGUUAUCAGAUUUUCAGUGGCGAAUAACUUGAACGAGGUCAAGAGCAACAUCGUUGUCCUUAAUGAUCCUCUCAGCUUCUACCUCUUCCGGCAAUCCCCAGUCGAAGAAGUAAAGUAAAUUCAAUAACCCUAAUUCAACAAGUGUGAUUCCCAUAGCCAUCCCUGGACAGAUUCUCCUACCAGAACCAAACGGUAAAAGCUCAAAGUUUACUCCCUUGUAAUCUACGGAACUCUCUAAAAACCUAUCAGGAUCAAACUCAUCAGGGUUCUUCCACACGUUCGGGUCACGUGCUAUCGCGUAAGCGUUGACCAAGAUCUGUGUCUUUUUGGGAAUAUCAUAGCCUUGGAUCUUGAUGUGAGACAUUGUCUCUCUUGGUAGCAAAAGUGGAGCUGCUGGGUGUAACCUAAAUAUCUCCUUGACCAUUAGUUUAAAGUAGUGAAGCUUGUUUAGAUCUUCUUCUCUGAGACUCUCCUUGUCCACGAGUGUUGUCCGAAUCUCAUCUUGUACUUUCUUCAUCACUCUAGGGUUUCUAAUCA